ACAUCGAAGAAACUGAAAAAAAAAUGGACGGUUAAGAUCCGCGCAGAAAAACUAAAAUGCUGCUCCACCAUGACUUGGGUAAAAAUUUAGUGCGGACAAUCUGACUCUAUUCAUUUAUUAAUAAACUAACCACAUCAAAACAGAGUGUACGCAAAAAAAGAACAGAGUGACCAUCACAUACUGAGGAUCUUUUGCCUCUCGACUAUAACUCUCUUAAUAUGGAAUAAAAUCUUUUUCCCCUGCAAAGAAAAACCCACAUCAAAGAAACGGAAAAGAGAAAAUGAACGCUAAAGAUCCACAUGAAAAACUAGAAGUACAAGGUUAGUAUUUGAAAACAUCUUUUGCAUCUCAAUGUUGUUCCACCAUGACUUGGAGUAAAAAAAAAUAGUUCAAAAAACCAUACAUGCACAAGUUGAAGUAAUCUCAAAGGUUUUGGAGAGCCAAAUGAACCGUCCAUCCAAUGGGUGUGAAUGGGUGCCAACAUAAGACUGACAAACACAUUGCGGCCAGGCAGGGGGCGAAUCCGCCUCCAAUACUUUAAAAUAAAUUUUACUAUUAGUUGAGAUGCAAUGAUGUUUACUGUAAAUUUUGAAUGGUGGCACCCCGGAUUCUAGGUCUGCCAUUGCGGCCUGAGACAUGCUCCUUGCACGAUAAGUUGUCAAACUACUGGUUUGCAGAUAAACCAUGGGCAGAGAAGGUUACGGGCAUAAAAGAUAAAAAGAUCAGGAACCUCCAAACAAACACGCAUGAUCAUUGUUGUCACCAUUUCGCAGAUAGACUCGAGCAGGGUUUGGCAUCCUGUGCAUUUCUUCAGGUCCACCAUGACACAAGCAUUAUCUACUUGUCUCCAACCAACAUUAUGUUUUCAUGCACGUCUGCAUUAUGCCGGACAACGUUUCUAGAAAAGGCGACAGCCGCACCUUUUCCUCAUCGAAAAAUAAAUUAUAGUAACGGCGUCAACUUUACAUAUUUUUAUCUUGUGGUUUAUCACGACCCGUCGUUUCGCUUUACGUCUAUGAGCUAUAACUCGGGAGAAUGUUCGGAGCUGUAAUUAACCGUAAACAUUAUUACAACCAUUAAUCAGCCUUACAAUAACAAUUUUUGCUACUUGAGCAAUGUCAUUGAUGGAAGAUUUGAUGUCCAAAUCCUAAACUUCAAUGAGUUGUACCCCCAAAAUGUAUGUUGAGAAAGAGAGGGUAUCUCAGAUACUAUCAUGGACACUCUUUUUUUUUUUCCUUUCAUAUAUACCGUUUGCCUGGAAGAAACGUAGUACUAUGAGAUUGUCUCCAAAAAAAACUCGCCUUGCUUAUGCUAACAUCGGUUACCAUAAAAACCUCAACAAAGCCCCAGAGUAGCAGCAGCAAGAAACAGGUCUGCCACGAAACAAAACCCCCUGAAUCCAAGCCGAGGAAAACAGAGCAGGCGGCGUGGCGUGGCGUGUGCGUGGGUCAGCACAGCACACAGGACCCACGCCCACAGAGGAUAUACACCACCACCCCACCACCGUACUGUACCCCGCACGCGAGCGAGCCGGGCAUUCAAAAUCUCGCCACCUCCCCCAAAGAACCCAACCAAACGCAUCGAUCCACGCCGGCCGCCUCCCCACCUCCGAGUUCCGACUUCCGAGUCCGUCCGGCGGAAUCGAAUCCAGCCCAUCGCCAUCUUGCCCUCACGCCGCAAUCAAAACCUUCCUUUCCUUGCCUGCCUCUCUGCCGCCAGGAUCAUCACAGCCCCGAACCAACCCCAAUCUCCACCUUUCUUUCCUUUCUUGGCCGCCGCCGCCGCCGCCCGCCAUGGUGCACUGCAAGCAGCCGCGCACGAGGCCCCAAGACGCCGUCGGUGUCCCCGGGACCGCCGGUCGCGCGCGCGCCGGGGGCGGGGGCCAGGCCGUGGCGGCGGACCCCGGCUACAUGCGGCCGACCAGCAGCUCCGGCGCCAGGGCCGGCCAGGAGGUUGCAUCUGCGGCUGCGGUGGCCUCCGCACCCGCCGCGCAGCCGGUGGUGGCCAAGGCGGCGGGCCUCGGCUUGCCCACGCCGCGCGCGGCCAGGCCGACGUGCGCCUCCGCCCAGAAGAGCGCCCGCGGCGGCGGCGGCGGCGGGGGCUGCGAGGGGCACCGCGCCUGCCGGUACGCCUACUGCUCCUUCAAGGGCCACGCGCCCGCGGCGCCGCCGCUGGGGGCCUUCCUGGCGUCCCGCAGGGGCCUGAUCAAGACGGAGCAGAGCAUGAAGCACCGGGGCGUCUCCGCCUUCCGCGACCCCAAGACCAAUCCCAGCAGCAAUGCUGUCGCCGGCAAAGGGGCCGGGCUCUUCGUCCAGGUGGCGUGUCCCGGCGCCGGCGCCCGCCCCAAGACGGCGAGCUCGGGCUCCUGCUGCAGCGGCCUCUCCGCCGAGGAGGUGGAGUCUCCCUACGUCAACUUCGGUCGCCGGAGUCUCCGGGGUGGGAAGACGGACAAGUGGGCCGACCCGGGCUUCUCGGUGGACGGCUCCUGCGGGUCCAGCGACGUCAUCUCCGAUGGCUUCGCCGAGCUGCCGGGGACGACGAGCUCUCCCAGAGGCAAAGGGGACAUUGGUCAGGAGGGGAAGGCUUCUUGGGUCCAUCAAGAAGAAGCAGAGGAGGACUCUGUUGACUGCAGGUCUGAUAUCUCAGAGGAGCUGGGCGCUAGAUACGAAUGCAACAACAUGUCUAAAGCUUGCGGCGGUGGUGGUGGCUCUUCAGUGGAAUCCUCAAUGGAUGACAUAUCCAGUGCGUUUGGUGGGAUGAAUUUCGAGGAUGUAGGUGCUGAUGCCGCGGCAACCAGCCAGGGGAACAAGUUGACCAUGUCCAGGAGAAGAACACCUAGAGGCGGGGAGCGAAUCCGGGCAUUCAACCCCAGGGCCCCGAACUUUCUUCCGGUGGUGCCUGAUCCAGAUGCUGAAAAGGUUGAUCUCAGGCAUCAGAUGACCGAUGAUCGCAAGAAUGCCGAGGAGUGGAUGGUCGAUUAUGCGCUUCGGAGGACAGUGAACAAGUUGGCCCGUGCUCAGAAGAGGAAGGUGGAGAUGCUUGUCCAGGCCUUUGAAACUGUUCUGCCGCCACACCUGGGCGAGAAGAAGUCCGACGACAAGAAAAGCUUUGCCUGCAACUGAUAGGUUUUAGAGUUUGGGGUUCAAGCUGGAGCAGAUGAUGGUUAUUGGGGUUCUAACUUGGUGGUCACUGCGAUAUUUGUGCCAGAGACCUGCUCAGCGAGGGUAGAGAGCUGCUCACCAGCACCUGAGAUCUUGUGCUCAUAGCGCAGUUGUACUCGAGAGCCGCUAGGGGUCUCGCUCACAGGGUCAGCUGUUCUUCAUAGUGUAGUGGCGUAGUGCAUGUGUACAUAGGUCUGCUGUGCUCAUGCUGAUAUUUUAGUGAUGAGAAACUGGCA